CACUAGUUAGUGGUUGUGCAGAGCGUUCAGAGCACAAAGCCCGGAGACAGAGCAGCGCUCACCCACCCGUCUGUGCACACAGCUGGACCGGCUGCCGCGCACACAUCAUGGAGAAACCUUGCGAAACUAAUGGGCACAUUGACAAAUACCCGGAGUACACCGCCUGCCAGGUGGAGGAUGAUGGCAAAGCUGCAAAGCAACGUGCAGGGCAGAGAUGUGCCCGGUUCCUGAGAAAGAAUGCCAUAGUCAUACUGACAGUGUCCGGGGUGCUGGUAGGGGUUGGCCUGGGCACAGCAGUCAGGAGCAUGAACCUGACCAAGGCUCAGAUGACCUAUUUUGCCUUCCCUGGAGAGAUGCUUCUGAGGAUGCUGAAGAUGAUCAUCCUUCCCUUGGUGGUGUGCAGUUUGAUCUCAGGCGCUGCCAGCCUAGACACCAGGUCACUGGGCAAGCUGGGUGCUAUAGCUGUAACCUACUUUUUGGUGACCACCCUCAUGGCUUCAGGCUUAGCCAUUGCCCUGGGCUUCAUCAUUAAACCAGGAGCUGGGGCAGGUGCCCUGAACUCCAAUGCCCUAGGCAUAGAAGACACCAUCACAUCCAACAAGGAGACAGUGGACUCUUUCCUGGACCUGGCCAGAAACUUGAUGCCUUCAAACCUCGUUGCUGCAGCCUUUCGCUCGCAUGUUACAGAGUAUAUAACCUACACAAGGAACACAACCAAUGGAACCAUCAUCACUGAACGGAUACCUAUAGGUACAGAGGUUGACGGAAUGAACAUUCUGGGGCUGGUUCUCUUCGCACUUGUAUUAGGAGUAGCCUUGAAAAAGCUGGGGCCAGAAGGGGAAGAACUGAUCCGAUUCUUCAAUGCUUUUAAUGAGGCCACAAUGGUCCUUGUGUCCUGGAUUAUGUGGUACGUCCCUAUUGGAAUUAUGUUUCUUGUUGGGAGUAAGAUCGUUGAGAUGGGAAACCUCGUGCUCUUGGUGACCAGCCUCGGGAAGUACAUCCUGGCAUCUAUUUUGGGUCACAUUAUCCAUGGAGGGAUAGUUCUUCCACUUAUUUAUUUUGCUUUCACGCGAAAAAAUCCAUUCACUUUCCUACUGGGGCUGAUUACACCUUUUGCAACAGCGUUUGCAACAUGUUCAAGCUCUGCUACUCUGCCGACCAUGAUCAAGUGCAUUGAAGAAAACAAUGGUGUGGACAAAAGGAUUAGCAGGUUCAUACUUCCCAUCGGGGCCACAGUGAAUAUGGACGGUGCAGCCAUUUUCCAGUGCAUGGCCGCAGUGUUCAUCGCCCAGAUGAAUAACUACGAUCUAAACGCCGGACAGAUCUUCACUAUUCUUGUAACAGCUACAGCUUCAAGUGUCGGUGCAGCUGGAAUACCGGCGGGCGGAGUCCUCACUAUAGCGAUUAUUCUAGAGGCUAUCGGUCUUCCCACAAACGACUUGUCACUGAUACUUGCAGUGGACUGGAUAGUGGAUCGGACCACUACGGUGGUAAAUGUUGAAGGAGAUGCUCUUGGUGCAGGAAUUCUUCAUCAUCUCAACCAAAAGGAAGCAGCAAAGAAUCAGCAGGAACUAAAUGAUAUUUAUGUUGAGGCUGUGCCAAACUGCAAGUCUGAAGAGGAAACCUCUCCCCUUGUAAUGCACAGGGACCAAAUCUCAAACCCAUCGGGCAUAGCCAUGCCGGAAUCAAAGGAAUCUGUCCUGUGAUGAGCCAUGCAUGCUGUGCUAUGUUUUUUGGUUAGGCUGCUGGUCGGUCCUUAAGACCAGACACUGCUCACUGCCAGUAUGAGCUGCUAGAGUCUAGAUUAUUGACUCCUUAAUAUUUCCUCAGAAUCCUUCAACAAUUAAUAUGUGCUGACAACCACUAAAAUACAUCAGCAGGAUAAUAAUGCCUGUAUAGAUUUUUUUUUUCAGUUAUGGUUCAAUGCCCAAUCCCUGUACUGUUGUGUAAUGCUGAGACCAGAGUCACACCUAGUGUAAGCACAUACUUAUCAGGUACCCUGGAGACAGGGACUGGUGCCAAAGUCCCUAGUAUGCCUCAGCUAUAGCAAACUGCUGGGUCUCUUGUAAAAUAAUAAUUCAUCUAUAUUAAUCUAGAUAGAAACUAAGUGGGCAAUCACUGAGGAUUUAAGGUUUAGAAUGAAUGGACUAUGGGACCUGGGAUUUAGGCAAUUGUUUUUUGUCUUCUUAUGUUUAUUUGUAAAAUGUUCUACAAUAUUGUGCCAGUCUCCAGAUGUUAUGGCAGACUUGCCAACACAUGGCACAUGUUUAUUGUAAUUUUUUGUGAUGUGCCAAUUUUAGAAAACGUUGAAAAAUAAACCCUAACAAUUAAAAUGUAAGUACUUUAAAGCAGACCUGUGCUCUACACAUAGUGAAGGCCAGUAUUUUGGUGGCAGAUCCAUUAUCCACCCAGGCAGUUCCAUAGAAACUAGUGACAUCCCUGAGGUAUGUGGCUGUGAGGGAGAUGUAUCAAACCUGGGAGAAAUAUAAAGUGGAGAGAUAAAGUAUCAACCAAUCAGCCCCUGACUCACUUUUUAAACACAGCCUAUAAAAUGACAAUUAGAAGAUGAUUGGUUGGUACUUUAUCUAUCUCAACUGUCUUUCUAAUCCCUAAAAUAACGUAAGUGCACUAGUGUCUCUUCCCUAGCAGAAUGUUCCCCUUUUGGGCCUGAUGUAUGUAUCUGUAAGGAUAAAGGAUACAUUCUCUGUUGGCUCUAAGAAGAGGUAGUCGUAUGUACAUUGCAGUGUACUUUAUUAUAUGUCUGCUAAGAUAAGAACCACUUGGCCCACCCAGUAUGCCCUAAACACAUGCACGCACUUACACACUAGGGUUCAUUUUUAUCAUGUGCCAAUUAACCUACUAGUAUAUUUUUUGGCGUGUGGGAGGAAAGUGGAGUACCCGGAGAAAACCAACGGAAGCACAAGAAGAAUAUACAAACUCCACACAGUUAAUCAAACCCAUGAUCUCAGUGCUGUGAGAUAGUAAUGCUAACCAUUACACCAUCUGUACUAAUCAAAAAUACAAUAUACAGCACAGGGUAGUACAGUCACUGGAAUAUUAGUUCAAAAGGUUUAAACUACAAAACAGGCAUCAAUGAUUGAGAGGUAGAUUUUAUUUUAAAUCUUGGAGAGAGAUAAAGUACCACCCAGCCAGCUCUUUUCAUUUUACAGGCUGUGCUAGAAAAAUUACAGAAGCUUAUUAAUUGCUAUGAGCAACUUCUCCACUUUAUCUCUUUCCAAGAUAUGAUAAAUUUCCCCCAUUGUGCAUAAAUGACUUGUCCUAUACCCUUUCAGGAGGGUACAGCUAUACGGCAGAGAAGGUGUAUCAUGCACAUUACCAAUUUAUAGUCCGCUGCGCAGUAGUCUCCAUUAUUCAAAUUACACCGCACAGUAGCGCCCGGAUCCGUAACUAGACUUUUUGGUGCCUUGUGCCAUAGGGAGAAUUGCCCCCCCCCCCUCCUCAUUUUUCCCAUAGGGGCAUAAGGUACAGGCCUCAUGGGGAAGGGGCAUGACAAGAUUGAUACAAAGAGAAAGCCCAUGUUAUAAUGCCCAUUCCCACAUUAUAUAUACAGUAUAUAUUACACACACAUUUAACAAGAAUCCUCUUUAUACCACAUUUAUGCACUUAACUUGAGAGCUCGUUGUUAUUCAGUUACAAUACCCUUUAUUAAAUCCUGGGUAUGGCAGUAUUGAAUAUACUGCCAUACCCAGGAUUCAAACCUUUAACCUGUUGAAUUCUAAUCACACACCCUACUCAUUGAGCUAUUUGAUCCUACAUUAAAACUAUGAACACUAUGUGAAGCUACUGGUGCUUUGUAUAAAAAAAUAAUCAGCAUUGCAAUUGAGCAGAUCUAUGUAGUGUACAGCCACACAUCCAAAAUCUUGCUGCCACACACUACAUAGAUCUGCUCAGCUGCAAUGCUGAAUAUUUUUCACAAAGUACAAGGUAAGCUUCAAAUAGUUAGAAUUCUCUAGCUUAAAAUUCUCUAGCUUUCUAUGCCAAGGCCAACAGCUCAAUUAAUAGAUUGUCUGACUGCAAUGCCACAGGCAAUGGGUUUGAAUACCGGGUAUGUCAGCAUCUUGAAAUGUAAUAAAGGACGGUGUGACUGACUAACAAAGAAAUCUCAAGUUGAGUUCAUGAAUGUUGUAUUGGUAUUAGAGACAGAAUGGGUCAGGGUAGGAGACAGGGGCGGACAGGAGAUGCUUGGUUUCACAAAGGGAGAAAGCUGCAAGUGAAAAGGAAUUAAAAUAGAUAAUUUCCAAGUGCUACCAACAGCGCCCCCUAUCUUGCAGCGCUAUGUGCAGUGCCCCUUCCGCACACACCUAGUUACGGCCCUGACUAAAGUGUACAUGCCCUUUAAAUACUGAAGUGUUUUAUCCACAUUUAAUAAAAGUUAUUUAUAUCCAUGACAUUGAGGACAUACAUAGCAGUGGAUCAGUCUAUUAUACCACUUUCACACCUAACACCUGGCUCUGAACACAGGGAUGGAGAUGGGUUUAGGUCACUUACCCCUUUCACACCGAGGAUGGACGUGAUUUUCCCAUGUCGUUGCUGCUCAAACCAGCCUCGGGUCUUCCAGUGACCCGGGUUUUCCAUCUAACAGUGGACGCUUAGAGAUGUGUCAUCCAGGGGCACCACAAUGUUUUUAUUGGGGGAGAUAUUUCAGUUUGGCACCCCUAAAUUGCUGAAUGUCGUCACCUCAGGGGCAGCUGGGGAUGGGGGUGCGCAAGGGAGGGAGAGAAAGGAUGAAGGGGAGCUGAGGGGUAAGUGGGGAGGUGAGAAGUGUCGCAGGGCUGGUCCCAGAGGAGGGGCCAGCCCACAGUAACUAGCCACACACUGCAGGGGUUGUAGCUGGGUGCUGGGCAGAGGAAGACCCAGGAGGCAGGCGGAGAAGGGCUGUGGGGAGGGAGGAGGUGGAGCAGCCGGAAAGGGGAUUAUCUCCAUCCUGUUUUUACAACAUGUUGCCUGUGCCUGUUUUGGAGCUAAAGCGGCUCAUAGGAGCUGGACGCAUUUGUGUUCGUUUGUGCAAAUAGGGGGGGUAAUUCCAAGUUGAUCGCAGCAGGAUUUUUUUUAGCAAUUGGGCAAAACCAUGUGCACUGCAGGGGAGGCAGAUAUAACAUGUGCAGAGAGAGUUAGAUUUGGGUGGGUUAUUUUGUUCCUGUGCAGGGUAAAUACUGCCUGCUUUAUUUUUACACUGCAAAUUAGAUUGCAGAUUGAACACACCACACCCAAAUCUAACUCUCUCUGCACAUGUUAUAUCUGCCUCCCCUGCAGUGCACAUGGUUUUGCCCAAUUGCUUAAAAAAAAUCCUGCUGCGAUCAACUUGGAAUUACCCCCAUGGUGCAGAUUUGGAUGAAUCUUGCACUUAUGAAAUCCCACCUUCAGAGAAAUGAAAUGGGGGAGGGGUGUGUGGUAAAGUGCUGAGUACAUUUAACUAUGAAUGAAACAGAAGAGGACACAUGCGCAUGUGGCUUCCUAGUGAGAGCGCUCAGCGCCAAUUGCAAAACAGGCAUUGAUGAUGAUGAUAUUCAGCAGCUGCUUCUGAUUGGCUAAUUGUGUCUGGGCUCCUGCUACACAUAAGUCACCAGUGUAGCUGCUAUUUUAUAUGAAGUCACAGCCACCUACCUGUAAUUGCAAACUGCAGCAGUUAUAAAUACAGGUAUUCCCAUUCGAUUUUUAAAAGGAAAGACGGAUGUUUAUAUUUUAUUUAAUUCAAUUUAAUUUGUACUUUUAUUUUGUAUUUGUUUCUGUAUAUAUUUGUACUUAACAUGAUACCUGUGACUUUCACAUUUAAUAAGAACACUGCAGACACUUUUCUAUCCUAUUUACAAAACACUUACAUAAAAAUAUGGUGUAUAAAUUGGGUAAUGUGGCUUUACUAUCUACUACUAACACUGUCAGGUUGUUACUGGUGUAAUCUAAGCACCUAUGCACUUGGCUUACACCUGUAACAUGUGUAAGCCUGCUGUAGAACUGGGUGCAUAUUGUGAUGCAUUCGGCACAUAAACAUAAUUUAGGGGGAGCUUUAUCAAAUUUUGGAGAGAGAUAAAGUGGAAACGGUGCUCAUAGCAACCAAAUCAGCUUCUGCCAUUUUUCUAGCACAAUCUGUAAAAUGGUUUAGAAGCUGAUUGAUUGGUACUUUAUCUUUCUCCACAUUAUCUCUUUCCAAGAUUUGAUAUAUCUCCCCAUUAGCCUUUUUUUUUACCAGCUGCAUUUUAUACCUGUAUUUUUUAAGUAAACUUUGUCCAACUGUGCAUGAGCCCCUUUGUUCUUUCUGAGCUUCAGGUUAAAGAUUGACCGUGAGGAGGUGGAGAGCGGAUUGUUGGAUAUUAAUGGUACAGGCUAUAAAGUGUCCUUGACUAAUUAAUCACAAAAUGCCUUAUAUUACUUAAUAAAAAAAACUUUUGUAAAGUGUUUAAGACAGUGUAUUAUGUCAGAAAUGUUGAAAAGAAAGCCAGGAUGUCAUAAAAAUGAGAAUGAGAAGUUUUGAUCGAUAUUGAACAGGAUUCUCCUCCUUCUGUACAGAUGAAUGUAAUGUAUUUACUAUCUACUAUAUAUGUCUCUGUAAAACUGGAAAUCACCUUUGAGGAAGUUUAUGCCAUAGCUAACAAUGGGGCAGAUGUAUUAAGCCUGGAG